CACUUCUACCCCACCUUCCAACUGUGUUUCAAUGCCUUUUCUAUCAUGCCUCUGAUCUUGUAAGCUUCAAUCAUAGUGACUCUGAGGACUGUCAACUUCUCCUAGGGCAGAUUACCCCCAGUGCGCCAAACGCCAUAGCUCACUCGUUUAGCUACGGAAUCGAGUGAUUCAACUUUCAGUGGAAAGCUGACACUGCCAGCUACAACAUAUCCGAUUUUCAGAUCGUUUCACCGAUUGGAGUUUUUGAUAUAGCUAUUCGAAGGUCGCGAGUUUUCUGGGCGUCAUAACGAAGUGCUGCAGAAAUUUCCAAGGAGCCAUUGAAUCAUCUGCUUAUAGCCUUCUCUAACCAACAAGUGGCAUCAGAGCCUAUUAUCACGCAUUUGGGACCUAAAAUACGAUGGGAGAUAAAGAGGACUCUGGUGGAGGUGAUACUUCAGUCCAAGGAGGCAGCUCAACCCAAGAUUCUGGCAUUGCAGCGCAAAGGGGAGCGCGUACAAGCCAGGGGUCACUGCUUAAGGAGGUGCUGAAGAACUUCACCAUUGAGAAGUUCUCUGGAGAUGGCUAUGAUGAUUGGGCAUGGAAGAUGCAGCUCUACUUUCGACAAAUUGGCCUCUUGAAGCUCAUGAUUGGAACGGAGCCAAGGCCAAAGGAAAUGGCAGAGCAAGCGGACUGGGAUGAACGUUCAUCUGCUGGGUACUAUCUACUGUCACAAAGCUUGGAGCUGAACCAGAGGCAUCACAUCAUGCAUCUGCUACCGGAAAUUGAUUGUGGGCCCAAGGCAUGGGCAGUGCUCAAGGACCUGCACGCUCCGACAUCGGUUGCCGCUUCUCUCAUGCUGGAUCGGGAGCUGUCCAUGCUGCGGUUGAGCGAGAAUGAAGCUGUGCAGCCCGUACUGGACAAGAUGAGGGAACUCUACGCGAAAUUGGCGAUUGCAGGCAUCACGUACCCAGAGCAGACAAAGUGUCUCAAGAUGCUCAGCCUGCUGCCGGAGUCUUGGCUGCAAUUUAUAAGCGGACUCAGCUUGCCACAAAACCAAAGUCAAUGGACAUUGGAGUGGAUUCGCACCAAGAUUCUGGAAGAAGAUUUUCGUCGCUAUACACUGCGCGGAGGUGAUGACAGCACCAGCGGCUAUGCCAUGCAAGGGACAUGGAGGGAUCGAGGGCGUGGCAAUCGCGGUCGCUCUUACCACAGCCAAGGUGGUCGCGGGACUUGGAACCAGCGGGGGCGUGGUGGCGCUGGUGCAAGAGGAAGAGGUGGUCACUCCAACAAUGACAACAGUGAACCACGCUUGAGGGGAGAGUGCUGGUAUUGCAAGGAAGAAGGGCAUCCAUGGUUUCGCUGCCCUACCAAGCCCGACUGGUGGACCCUUGGAACCAAUCGGAGAAGGGGAAUGGAGGAAAACAACCACAUGGAGGUGCCAACAUGGUAGCUGAUCCUGCUGAAGAAACCUCCAAGGAUGAC